CCCGAGUUCCCGUUCCUCUUCUUCCCCAUCCGCAUCGCUGCCCAUGGCCAAUACUUCGCUCUCUAAAUUGGCCAAGCGCCCGAAGAUAUCCGCCGCCGUCAACGCUGCUUCCGCCGUCUCAGCGUCAUCGGUGGAGGACGCGGAGGAGGAGGAAGAGGAGGAGGAGGAGGAGGAGAAGCCGCUGCUGCCAGGCCUUCCCGAUCACCUCGCCCAGAUCUGCCUCUCCCGCGUCCCUGCUCAGCUCCUCUUCUCCGUUUGCCGCUCCUGGCGCCGCCUAAUCUACUCCUCUUCCUUCCCCCCCUUCCUCUCCCUUUUCGCCCUACUCUCCGACGACGAAGGCGGAGGCAACGCCGGCGCCGAUCCUGUGGGAUUUUUCGCAUUCGACCCCAUCUCCGCUCGGUGGGCCCCUCUGCCGCCUCCGCCGCCGCACCCGCCAUUGCGGCGGCUACUCCUCCGCCACCCCUCCUUCCUGGCCCGCAGCCUACCCGUCCAGUCCGUCGCGGCCGGGAGCCACCUCGUCGUCCUCGCCGCCACCACCCACCGCCUCCUCCCUGCCCUCCCUCGCCCCCUCGUCUUCCACACUGCCUCCGGCCGCUGGCGCCUCGGCCCUCCCCUCCCUGCACCCCGCCGCUGGUGCGCCGCCGGGACCGCCGGAGGGGCAGUGUACCUCGCCUCCGGGAUCGGCGGCGAUUACAACGCCGACGUCGCCCGCUCAGCCGAGCGGUGGGACCCGGCGGCCGUCUCCGGCUCCGCGUGGGAGCGCGUGGCGCUGCUCCCAGACGGGCGGUUCUCUCGGGAAGCGAUAGAGGCGGUGGCGUCGCGCGGAAAGCUCUGCAUGGUCAACGUCCGCGGCCGGGCGGCGAAGCAGGGGGCUGUCUACGACCUCCUGGCGGACCGGUGGGACGAGAUGCCCCCGGGGAUGCUGGCCGGGUGGAACGGCCCCGCGGCCUCGCCAGCGGAAAACGAGGACGGCCCGAUCUACGUGGUAGACGAGCGGAGCGGAACUCUGAGGGCCUACGACUGGGGCGGCGAUCGCUGGAAGACGGUGGCGGAGUCGGAGCGGCUGAAGGGAGCGACGCAGAUGGUAGCGGGAGGGGGGCGGGCUUGCUUGGUACGCGGCGGGGACCGGACGGUGGUAGUCGUGGACUUGAAGUCACCUGAGCGGAUGUGGGUGGUGGAGGCGCCGGAGGGGAAGCAGGUGCUGUCGGUGCACGUGCUACCGAGGAUGUGCUCCGGCGAUUCGUCGUGACCGUGCUGCGAUCGCCGAUCUACAUAAAUCUGUUUGAUUCUUUGAUAAAAUAGUUGACCGG